GGGUUGCGACUAUCGAACAGAAGUCCGGGCCCUCUUCCUCCUUUGCCUCAGCCCAUCACGAACGUCGCCCUUCCAACAGCAGCAGCAGAAGCAGCAGCAGCAGUGCAGGUAGUGCGGAAGCAGCAGCAGCAGCUCCUGCUGCUGAAAGUGAAGCUAAGGAAGAAAGUGGGGAAUCACAAACUGCCCAGGGUGGCGAGGAAUCCUCACAAGAUCCACCUGCUGCCGCUGCAGACAGCAAGGAGCAGCAGCAGCAGGAACAGCAGACUGACUCGGCUACCCCCCGGCCUUCGCGUUCCUUUUUUUCGUUUUUCUUUUCCGCUUUUCAACCCGCGAAAUCUGGAGAAUCCGAUAGAGGGACGGCAGCAGAAGGAGCUACCGCAGCAGGAGGAGCUGCACCAGCAGAAGGAAGUACAGCUAUCGAAGGAGAUGCACCAGCAGCAUCAGAGGGAGCAGCAACAGGAACCACUGUGCACACACAGCCGGUGGUUUCCUCUUCAUUUCAGGGUGGUGCUGCGCCUAUUGCAGCUCCAGCAGCGGGAAUACCUGCGGCAGCAGCACCUGCAGGUGGUUCGUUGCCAUUUCGUCGAGGUGGAUCGGGAGGUUUGUCUUGCGUGGAGGUAGGAGGCGGGGUGAAGGGAGAAGUGAGGCCUUGGAGUGCCCCAGUGCGCAAUGCCAGCAUGUAUGCUUCUCUUGGCACUCUGGAGGCCACAGGGGCCCCCCGCCGUUUCCGUAAGAGGAGGGAAGUUACAAGAAGCAGGAGAGAGAGAAAUGAACAAGGACAAAUCAAACUUGCGAAGGGAGCAGACAGAUUCCUUAGCCUCUUUAGACGAGGGGGCGCAGACGACAACGAGUCUGCUACUGUGCGCAACAAUAACAGCAGCAGCAGUGCCAGCAGCAGCACGUGCAGCAAACCCAGAAGCAGCAGCUGCAACAGCGGCAGAAGGGAUGCAUGGGAAAAGGACAAGAAUGAGGAAUCGCAGGACUCCACCUUGCCAAACAGCGGUACCUCCAGUGUGUUUAAUAACAACAGAACAAUCAGCAGCAGCAACAGCAGCAGAAAGGCAACACUUCCUCGCGCAUCCCAGGCAGAAACCCUGCCUGCUGCAGCGAUCGCUGCCUCUUUACUCCGUGCAGCGUCUCUGGCCGAAGCAUCAUCAUCAGCCCAAGUUGCAACACGUGCAGACAGCACACCCGAGAGUUGUGCAUUUGCAGCAGGUGCAGCAGCCCUCAAAGCAACUCUCCCAGCACAAAGAGAGCACCGUAGUGUUUCGGAUCCUUUCUUCGACCUUUUGGAGAGUCCGACAGUGCAGCCUUCUAUGAGUUCUUCCUUUGGUAUAUUUCCCUUGAAUACAAGUACAAAGCGCCCAACAACCAGCGGUUGUGAAGAGCAAAAAUCACACAGUAACAAACAACCGGAAAACAGCGGUAUGCAAAACCUCACCGAUCCGCUAGAGCCUCUCGCCAGCUUCUGCGUGCCCCUGGAUGCCUCUUAUGCACCGCGACAGGAAAACCAGCAGCAGCAGCAGCAGCGGCACGACGAAGAAGCGGAGACGGAAGCCGUAGCAGCAGCCGCAGCAGAAGCAGCAGCAGCAGCAGCAGCUGGGGCGAGGGAGUUCGCGCACACAGACGGUGUAGGGAAAUCCACUGGCGAUAAUAGCAGAAUGCAGGUUGAGCAGGGGAAGGCAAAUGAAAUUAUGGAUAGCAGCGAUGAUAAAGUGGUCGGGUCGAGAGACACUGCGCUGCCAGCGGAAGCUACGGCAACCGACACCUACUCAAGGGAGUCAAAGCCAGCAGAGCAGCCCGGUGAACCACCAGGAACAGCAUCCGCGGCAACAGCAGGGGAGGCAGCGGCAGCAGCAGCACAGAAAGCGGAUGAAUCCAAAGGAUGGCUUGGGGGCCCUCAGGUGUACCGCCGGUUCAUGGACGGCAUUGCGCAGUUCGCAGAACAGACAGGAAUUGCACGGCCACUCCGGCCGCAGAGUAAUACCACAGCGAAACCACCAGCCAGCGAUGCAGGAGUUGCUGCUGCUGAUGCUGAUCCUGCUGUUGUUUCUUCUGCACUAGAACCCGACAAAGGAUCAAAUCAGAAUCAUCCAUCUUCUUCUGCACCGCAGCCUGAUAUCCAGGAGACUGAGCAGAAACAGCAGCAAAAGCAGCAGCAGGAACAGCAGGCGCCCCUUGCUGGCACUACUGCUGAUGCCGAUGCCCCUGAAGGAGGCACUAACAAGAAGGCCACAGGAAACUGGCUGUGGAAUUUGCUGUAUCCAAGCCAAAACAACAAAGGAGGAGUUGCUGCUGCACCGAAAGCCGAUAGCCGCGAUCCGAGAAGCGUGGCUGCCAGUUACCUUGCGAGUGGGGAGGCCGCCUCGGUAGAGACCCCCCGACGGCAGUUGGAGGGGGGGCCCUUUACCAAGGGGGCCCCUGCAAUGCGGCCGCCUGCCAGUCAGCUGCAUCUUGCCAAGGGGCUGGAAGUCCCCCCAGGCUUUGAGCCCCACAAACAAGAGACAGCAGAAGCAACACGAAGGAGCGGAAGACGCAUGACCGACGGAGAGGUUUCAGGACACCACUACACUAGCAGCAGCAGCAACUUCCGACAUGACGCCCAGCAGUUCAUUCCUGGUCGGCAGGCUACAACAGCCACAGCAGCAGCAGCAGCAGGGUCAGGAGUUGCAAGGGGCCAACGUCGCGUGUUAACAAGUUCGUGCGAAGGCAUUCAUUUUACAUCUUUAGCUGAAGAUCUGGAGCGUGAAAAGCAGAGACAGAUUAUGGCAACUGCUGCCGCCCUCCACUACCACCCGCUUACGGACAGGCAAAUAUUGUACAGCAGCGGCCACCACCAUCUGUUGGGAGCUCCUGCUGGUCUUCCUCUAUACAGUGGCCAAGCAGCUCCUUUCACCGGGGUGUCUGUACACUUCCGCGAGACUGUUGCACCCCAGCCGCCACCGUUUGCUGCUCCCCUGCCCCCCCGCCAUUCCCCUUGGCAUCACCCGCGAGCAACGUCUCUUGAGAGCGCUGCUCUUUCUGCUGUCUUAACAAACCCUCUCCCUCUGCAGCAGCAUCCCUGGGCAGCCCCAGAACACCCCCCUGCAGUGCUGAGAAUAGAACCACAUGCGGAAAUGCAUGCAGUUCCACGCCUCCCGCUGCAUCUGCAGCAACAGCGGCCCAUACAGCUGCAGCCGCAGCAGCAGCUGCAGCCGCAGCAGCAUCUGCAGCGGCCGCUCCAGCGGCCGCUCCAGCAACAGAUUCCCAACAACCCUCGGGAGGCUUAUUACCCAUUCGUACCCGAAAACGCCUUUAACCCCCCGUACACACAGCCAUGA